AUGGCCUAGAAGGAAGCACGGCGGGGUCAGGGCGGCGCGGGCCGAUGCCGCCACGGCCCCUCACAGCGGGGCGACGGUCCGGGCUGACUGACAGCCCGCCCCCGCCCGCCGCCGGCGCUCCCAUCGGGACGGUGAUGGUCCGCAGCCCGGCCGCCCCCUCCUGCCCCGGCUCCCCGAGCAGGGACCCCGGCCGCAGAUCCCACCUCAGCGACUCCAGGCUCUCCAUCCGCCGGGGAACACGCUGCCUCGGCAGGCGGCUACCUGCGCCUGCCUGCGGGCGAGACCAGAGCAGACGAUCGCCGACAGCGCGGAUGGGGGCGGCCCCGCUGCCGCCGGCGGGAGGUUUGAAAUGGCCGCCCGGCGGUGGUCCAGGGUCUGAGGGCCGAGAUGGCUACCAAGCGCCUGGCCAGACGGCUGGGGCUGGCGCGGAGCAGCGCGGGGGCGGCGGCGGCGGCGGGGGUCGGGCAGCGGCAGCGGUUCCCGUACCUGAUCGUCCUCGACUUCGAGGCCACGUGCUGGCGGGACGCGGGGCGGCGUCGCCCCGAGAUCAUUGAGUUUCCAGCAGUCCUGUUAAACACUUCAACGGGAGAGGUUGAAUCUGAAUUCCACACCUAUGUCCAGCCCCAGGAGCAUCCUAUUCUCUCUCAAUUUUGUACAGAAUUAACUGGCAUAACACAGGAUCAAGUUGAUGAAGGGGUCCCUCUGAACAUUUGUUUAUCACAAUUUUUGAAAUGGAUCCAAAAGAUACAAAAGGAGAAGAAAAUUAUAUUCAGUUCAGAUAUUCCAAGUCAUUCUACUUCAGAGGCAAAACCAUGUACUUUUGUUACUUGGACAGACUGGGACCUGGGUGUGUGUUUGCAGUAUGAGUGUAAAAGGAAGCAGCUGCGAAAACCUGACAUUUUAAAUUCCUGGAUUGAUCUCAAAGCAACAUACAGGGCCUUCUAUAAUAGGAAGCCUAAAGGGCUAAAUGGUGCUUUGCAGGAUUUGGGGAUAGCUUUUGCAGGACGGGAACAUUCUGGGUUGGAUGAUUCUCGGAAUACUGCCCGUCUUGCCUGGAGGCUGAUUUGUGAUGGAUGUGUGCUGAAGGUUACUAAAUCUUUGGAUAAGACACAUCCAAAGAAUAAUUUCACUUCCAGAACACUGACUAUAAACUUCACUGACAAGACUCCAUUGGGAAUUAACAGCAGACCUGAAGCAUCUAGAGAUGGAACUUGCAAAACAAACUCUCUGGCUGAGAAAAACCACAGCAGUAUUGCUGGAAUUAAGAUAAAUUCUAAUGUACAAACUGAAGAACAACAGACCACUUGCACGGAUUCCUCUGCAGACAUCCACGCUGUACCUAGCAGCAGCUCAAGGACUGAGUUACACACUCAAGCCCAAAGCUCUUUAGCAGCAUCUACUGACAGAUUUCUUGAGCAGGCACAGCAAUCUCACAGUACUCUGUCAACAGGCAUUCAGCAAGGAUCAAGCAAUGGGCAACCUCUGAGUGCAGCCAGAUAUAGCCCUCCAGUACGUGGAUCAGGCCUAGUGCUCGUCUCCACUACCAUCCCCUCUGUUAAUAUCUCCAAUGAGGAUAUAACUACUAGUUCUGAUUGCUUAUCUCUGCUGACUGACUGGGAAGAUGUCGCUUUAAUACCAGAAUCUCAAUAUGAACAAAAUUCAGACUGCAUUCAAUUCAAAGAUUACUCAAGUACAGAUAUUUUAACAGUACUUGAAGAGAAAAGAAUUUCAAGAAAAUUGGCUGUGGUGAGUUCAGAUAGCCAAAGUUCGGAGAAAACCAUGGUACCUGUGGAACCUCUGAAAUCUAUUGUUUACAAAAGUCCUGAUACUACUAUCUAUAAUGUAGGAACAGUACAACGGCAGACUUCAAAUUUUUCAGCUUUUAAGUUACCAUCUGCAAAGGUAAAUGCUAUUUCAGCACAAUCAGCAUUAACUGGAAAUUAUUCUACUUCUUCAGAGGUUCCUAAAAGAAAGCUAACUAGUCCAAAAAUGUUCCCACCAGCAAAAAAACAGUCUUUUGCUGUAUAUCAAGAGAAAACUGCAUCUUUUGGUCAUUCCUUACCUUUAAGAAGUUCAAAUGUGCCCAGAGUGUCUCCUGCCAUUCUGAACUCCACAGUCAAUUUGAAUCAGUCUGUAAGAGCCAUGAAAAAUGGAAACCCAACUCCCCCUCUGUGUAACUGUGGUCGAAGAGCUAAAAAACUGUAUGUGUCAAAUGCUGGUCCAAAUCAUGGCAAAGCAUUUUUCUGUUGUCCUGUUGGCAAGCGUGAAGAUAAUAAGAAAGGCUGUGGAUACUUCAAGUGGGAAUAUGUGCUUCUAAAAGAGAAAUCUAAUGGUCUCACCCUGAAAGCAGAUGCUUUGACCUCUCUUGGAACUUAUGCUGGUAAUUUAGGCAAUUCCUCCAACAAAAAAUGUUUGUGUCUUAGACCCUCCAUGAGAAGUUGAAAAUUGGUAAUUUUUUUUGUCCAAAUCUUAAAUUCAGUAAGUUGAUCAUCCUUAAUAUCAGGACAGUCAACAAGGUCAGAUAUAUGUUCUGAGAAUGGGACAAAAAUGAUGUUGCUUGGUUAACGUAGCUGGAAAUGGAAAUUGCUCAAGCAUACAAAAAUAUCAAUAUAUCACAAAGUACCUCGCUAAUUAAGUGUGAGAGAACAGAUAAACCUAAGUGCUAAAGUAUGAGCAGAUGUUUUAAAUUCCUUACUAAUCCAGUCCUUAAAGACCAUUUUAAUGACACAGAUUUUAUUUACACUUUUUUCUAAAUAUACAUGUAAUGAUUACAACUAGCUUUUAAAAAUUUACUUAGAAGUUGCUGCACUUCUCAAAAGUAAUCCUUGAAGCAACAGUGUUGUCUUAAACUCUUAGUGGUUUUUUCUCCUUUAAAUUAAAUAGCAAUAAAGAUAAAAUGCUGGUGACCCUUCAUUUAAUGCACAUUACCUGUUGUGCUCUUGACUAUAUGAGUUUCUGAUUUCAUUUGUAUCAGCCUGUCUGCUUUUAUACUGUUAGCUAAUAGUGUAGCACCUGGGACAGCCAAAUGCUGGGAACCAGGUAAAAAUUUAUUCAAACCUAAACUACAAAAGCUGUAGCAUAAUGUGUUUUACUCUAUGCUACUGUGUAAACCUGCAAUAUCUUACUUUGUAAAAAACCCUAUAAAAAAGCAACAAGUACUUCAAUCUUUUCUCCACUCCUUCUGGCGCAGUUCAUUUCUUCUGAUCUUCCCACUAAUAGUCUUUGGCAACUGUUGAACAAACUCCAUCUAUUGGGGAAGGGAGGAAAUUGCAAUAUGAAGUAAGAUACCGUUUACCUAAAUUAAUUUUCCUAAACCUCAGCGGCAUAGGCUUAUAAGCCACAUAACCGUUAACACCCACUGUUUCACGGUAGUGAAAAUUAUUCAAGUAUUUGAGCACUCACCUUCCUAGGGUACUUGUAUGGAGCAGUAACUUUCUUAACAUGGUCUUGUAGCUCUUUCAUCAUUUUUUCUGGAUCAUGCGAAGCAUAGUCAGAUGUUAAAACAACAAAGGCUUUCACUACCUAAAGAAGUUACAGCAGCAAUGGUUUAAAUGCCAAUUAAAUGGUAUUACACAACAGUAAGAUUUGAAACUUUAAAAUUUUAACAAAACAUUUGCUGACAAACUGAAGAGUAAGGUAUAGGGCAGGUACAGAAAACUUUGCCAAAGUCUGUGGGUGCUCACUAUUGGUCUGGACUGUGCAGGCAUUUUAUAUGCAUUUAAUAAAGAUAUAAAUUUAAUAAAGAUUAAAAACUAAGUAUUUGAAUGACAGGGAAAGCUUCAAAUGGUGCUUUUGUUACAUUGGAUCUGGGGCAAUUGCGUUGGUCAGUUUUGGAUUGUGCAGUGACAGAUAUGAGUAGAAAUGCUGAGUUGAAUUUAUUCAGUUUUCAUUUUAAAAAGAAAAAAAAAUCCCUGGAUAGAUAAAUCCCUUGGAAGUUGGGCUUUAUUAGCUCUGGUACGCACAAAGCUAUUUAAAUAUAUAAGCUUGUUUAACUUGUUUACCUCUCCUCUGAUAGGGUCUGGACUGCUGACAACUGCUGACUCCACCACUGCAGGAUGCUCUACUAGGGCACUUUCUACUUCAAAUGGUCCAAUACGGUAUCUUUAAAAUGGAAGAAAGGGCUUUUAGUUGUAUUUGAUAGCACAUGAAUGUAAUUUGACAUCCAAAUCAUCUGUGUUACUCAA